AUGACCCUGCUCGACUUCUUUCGCAGCAUCCUGCGCCAUUUGGCCGCAAUGCUCAUCUUCCCUUCCACUCUCAAGCACUUGGGCGUCUCGCCUAAGACCUCCAAUGCCGAGGUCACGGUGGUGAAGACGACGGAUGACAUGGCUUCGUUGGACACUCUCAAGGAGGAGGUCAUGCGACUGUUCAGAUAUCCUUGCACCAUGCGUCGAAUGCUAUCCAUGUCUUCAGCCCUCCGUAUUCAAUACAAAGCGAAACUUCAAGAAAGCGAGGCGUGUAUGUUGCCUUCCUAUUGUCACACCAUGCCUACUGGUCAAGAGAAAGGAACAUACAUCUCGCUGGAUGUUGGUGGUUCUACAUUCAGAGUCGCGUUGGUAGAACUUCUCGGGAGAGAUACACGACCACAUCCCAUGGUCAUCAAACGGAUGACUUCCUCCAAAAUUGAUGAAAGGAUACGCAAGUUGCCUUCAGCACAGUUUUUCGAUUGGAUGGCUGGUAGGAUACAGGAUAUGCUGGAGCAGGAGGAGACGCCAUUGAUAUCCAACGAACCUCUCCCACUGGGGCUGGCGUGGAGCUUUCCCAUUGAGCAGACGAGCCGUCGUGGAGGUAGAAUGCAAGGGAUGGGAAAAGGGUUCUCAUGUCAUCAAGACACUAUCGGCAUGGACUUGGGUACUUUGGUCGAAAAAGCCUGUGCCGGGAGACAAUUGAACAUUCGGGUCGAAGCCAUUGUGAACGAUUCUUCUGCCACCCUUCUUUCUCAGGCUUACCUCGAUCCCGCCACUUCGAUGGGCUUGAUCCUCGGGACCGGAACGAACGUCGCUGCAUAUCUACCAACUUCCUGCAUGGGAAAGUCCAAAUUUGGAACGCGAGACCCUGCAUGGUUUGAAGGCGCGGAGAAAGUCAUCACCAACACCGAAUUAUCCAUGUUUGGGAAAUCGAUACUACCUGAGACGCGAUGGGACGAGUUACUGAACUUGCAACAUCAACUACCGGACUUCCAACCACUUGAAUAUAUGACCACUGGACGUUAUCUCGGCGAGUUGCUAAGACUGAUCAUUGUCGAGGCAGUGGAGAUGGGAGAGUUGUUUCACGGUGUCAUGCCUGAACCUCUAUUGGAACGCUACUCGCUUGACACCGAAAUAUUAGCCAGACUCGAAGAGGACAAGUCUAGGAAUAUGACAGACUCUGUGUCUGUGUCUGUGAUUCAACAAGCCUUUGCACUUAAAGUGCCACCUACGCUCCGGGAGAUCUCGUUCCUCCGAACUGCAGCCGAAUCCAUCUCUUACCGCGCCUCAGCGUACAUUGCCGUGGCUGUUCAUGCACUCUGGGCGCUUCAACGCGAUGCCGAUAUCAACCCAGCGGCGUCAAGGGGCAAAUCAAAAACGUCUAUUGCAUGCAACGGAAGCGUCAUUCUCAAAUAUCCCGGCUUCAAAGAUAGGUGUGAAGGAUUCCUCCAGCGUAUGAGCAAGACUGGCUCUCUGACCCGAGUCUUUGCUUCACCAAAGAUUGUCCUACAGGCAACUGAUGAGGCAGCCAUCCUCGGUGCUGCUGUUGCUGUGGCCCUAGCAGAUGUUCCUUGA